AUUCCCGCCAGAAAACCCUACUUCUUCAUCUCUCUCAUAUAAUCCCCCGCCAAAUCCCCCAAUUCUUCUCCAUCUCUCUCCUCAAACUUCAAUUCUCUCUCCUCUCAUCAACCUUCAAUUCUCUCAAAACUCCAUAUAAUCUUCAUCAAUGGAGUCAUCAUCAGAUUCACCAUUGAUGACCUCCUUCAAAUCAAAGAAACCUCUUCUCACCACUCCAAUCAAGAACUCUAACCCUAACCCGAACCCGGCAUCUCUUGCAGUCGAUACUCCGGAACGGGCUAAUUCGAUACCGUCUACUAGGAUCCGCAAUCAAAACUUUGCUCUAUCGGUUUCGGAUGUUCGCCGAAAAGCGGUUCAGCUUCAGAAGGCUAAGGUUGCUGUAUUGGAUUCUGAGAAGGUUGUUUCUCACAAGGUGUUAGGAAAUGGAGUUGCUCAGAAAUCUAAAAAAUCAGUACCAUUUUUGCCUCAAAAGUAUGAGAUGCUAUGUGAGUUCUUCAAUUCAAUGGUUAGCUCAAUGCGGCUGCUCCGAUUGAAGAAAGUGCCGGCAACGCUUAGUAAGCUUGCUGCUAGUAUUGAAUCUUUGACAGACAGGAGGUUUACAACACAUCACUUGGCUCAAUUGAAGUACAUAGUGCCAGAGGUGAUUGUAGUAAAGAAAAUUCGAGUUCAAGAUGAAGUGACCAAAUGUAUGAAGGAGGAGCUUCUUAUGUCAUUGGAAGUAAAUGCCUUGGAAUCUGAUAAGAAUGCGAAAGGCGGUGGUGGAUUUUCACAGUUGAAAGACAUCUUUCGGUCGCGAAUCAUUGACUAUUCAAAAGCCCAUCCUGAGGAUGAUGAUGUUCCGGAGGGAGAAUUACCUCAUCUAUUCUAUCAGCCAAAGCAGGAAUCUGAGCCAAACAUGAACAGAACCCCUACUCCAUUGGCAGCAUCGCUGACUGCUCCCUCGUUCCAAAGGCGGUUCUCAUCUAGGCCUCUUGGUGCUCCAGUUUUCGAGUCUUUGCCAGCUAAGCCAUCAUUUUGCCCGUCAGAAAUUCCAAUCAAGGAAGCUACUUAUGCUGAAUCUAAUGAUGAAUCGUCCAGCACUGUAGUUGAAGCUGAUGCAGCACCAUUAGAUCUUGCUUCAACACCUGCCAAACUUGCUUCCAUUCCUUCAAAACUUGUUUCAACACCUGCAGAACUUGUGUCAACACCUGCAAGGCUGAUGGCAGCCACACCUGCUGCAUCACACCCACCAAAACGCUGUUUGAUGAGCCCGCCAGAUCAUGAUACUACUGAUCUACCCAACAAGUCAGCCAAGCGAAGGUCCUUAAACUUCGAUGAGAGCAGUGCUGAUAUUGAAGAUCCACAAGGCUCCAAUGUUUCUAAGGAUGAUAUCCUGGGAGUACUUCCAGACGACCUUUUACAGUCGUUGAUAGAGAAAGAAAAGAAGUGCUUAGCAGAGAAAGACCCAAUUGUUUUACAAGCAAAGAGGCGGCAACAGUUGAUGGCGGGUGUGCCCAAACUCUUUGACAUGAUUAGUCUCUUGUUCCAGUCUAUCAAGCGCUCUGUUAUCACAAAAGAGGAGCUUAUUUACAAAUUACUUACAGGCCAUUUGGACAUUGUUGAUAGAACUGAGGUUGAGGAGCAGCUUAACUUGCUACAAGAAGUUGCACCUGAAUACAUUUCUGAGCAGCAUUCUCUGAGUGGGGACAUUCUUCUUCGCCUCAACAAGUCUUCAUGUUCUGAAUCAAUACGAGCCAAGCUGCUCGAAGCCAAAUGAGACUGACCACAUGGCUUCCAAAAUCCAGAGUUUGACAGUAUAAAAGACUAAAAGAGUAAAUGUUUUGUGAUUUUGUAACUUAAAUCAGUAGAAGAGCAAGUGGAUGAAUCAUUUCAGCCUUAAUCCAUGUUACAUUUUUUGUACAUCCUUAGUGAAUUAACCUAUUAGCCUGACUUGUAUAGAGAAGUUAUCCAGUCUAUAUUAAUGGAAUCCAUUAAUUUUCAA